AAGGUCUCGUUGUGGUGGCCUUGUGCAGCAGCAGCUUUGCCUGUUGUGUGCGAGCAAAGCCGGCUCGUGUCAGUGCUUCCUUUGACAGUGUGGGCCGUGACGUUCACGUGUCAGCAUCCACCAUGAGGCACCGGGGUGCCUCCGAGCGCUGCGGUUGGGCUGGAGGCUGUGCCGGGCGGAGGCGGCGGAGGAGGAGAGGAUCCACAUGGCGUUCCUGGCCCACGACAUCAGCAUGCUGCGCCUCUUCGAGACCUUCCUGGAGAACGCCCCGCAGCUCGCCCUGCUCCUCUACAGCGUCCUGCGCACCAGCAAGGCUGAGCCUGCCCAGGGAGUGGGGAUCUGCACCGCGUUCCUGUGUGUGACCUGGUCCCUGCUGGACUACCACCAGUCCCUGCGCUCCUUCCUGCAGGACAAGUACGAGAUGGGCUGGGGCUCCUCCGUCGUCUACUUCCUAUGGAACCUCUUCCUCCUGUGCCCCCGCAUCCUGGCGCUCGCCCUCUUCGCCCUGCUGUGGCCCUACGCUGUGGCCGUGCACUUCCCGCUGGUGUGGCUGGCGAUGUUCCUCUGGGUCACGCUGCAGGGCACCGACUUCAUGGAGUCGCCAGGCCCCGAGCAGCUCUACCGCGCCGUGGUGGCCGUCAUCCUCUACUUCAGCUGGUUCAACGUGGCGCCGGGGAGGACGCUGCACCGCACCAUCAUCUAUCACGGCUUCAUCCUGGUGGACAGCACGCUGCUGACCCUGGCCUGGCUCUGGGGCCGUCCCCCUGAGGAGCAGCGCCCGUACCUCGUCCCGGUGCUGUGCGCCGCGCUGCUCUGCUACCUCCUGGGGCUGCUGCUGCGCGUCGCCUACUACGGGUGGCUGCACCCCAACGUGCGAGCACGGCCACGGAGCAGCUGCGACGAGGUGGACGCUGAGGGAAGGGCCGAGGGGGUGGUGGAGUUUCGCAGCAUUUCAGAGCCGGACCUGGUGAACCCGCGGCUGCGGUGCCUCGCGCGGAGCCACUUCCCGCUGUCUGCGCUGGCGGAGCCGCGCCUGCUGAACGGGGCAGCUGCUGUGUGAGGCUUCGUCCUGCGCUGCCGGGGGGAGUUGUGCCUUAUCCAAGUGGUUCGAGUUGCUGGGGAGGUUCUGCUCAGUUCUGUUCGGUUCUUCCUUUGUGCCCCGGGGGGCGGUUUUGGCUCGGGGCUCGGUGCUAGGUCUGCACAGCGUGAGUGCACUAUUGAUUCUUGUUAUUUAUUAUUCACCUUUUCAAAAAAAAAGAAAAAAAGAAAAAAG